AACGGUGUAGAAAAUGUGGACAACUAUAUGUAACGCUAGACCUACGUUCUUGAUUUAAUGGUGUCAAAAAUGUCAUCAAUGUAUGAGACGAAUAAACCUUCGACCUUGAUAAACGAUACCAGGUGAUCGUUACAUUAUUUUCGUAAGUUGGGGUCGUGUAAUAUCGGCAGCCUUCGGCUAGCCGAAUAAGGUACCUUCCAUUCGUACGUACUGUACCUUCGAACGAAGGUACUGCUGUCGAAUGCGUAUGUACCUUUACGCAUUCGAAGGUACGAAUGAAAUAAAUAAAGUAGACUGCAUAUAUAUACGAAAAGUACGAAGGUACUUUUUAUUUAGCCGGCCGAAUCACCUCCGACCUAUCGAAGGUCAUUCGUCACCCAUUUUCGAAAAUUCACAGAGAUCCACCACUCGGUUAUACCACCGCAACCUCUGGCCGACCUUGUCAACCCUGUGCGCGAUCACUUAAAAAAACCGAAACCGAAACUCAAAUCCUGCUGAUCGAAGAACACGACAAUAAAACACUGCGUCGCCAGCGCUCUAAACGACGGAUCUAAACGACGGUCAAAGAGCUGACCUGUACAGAGCAGGCCUGUACGUCGCGGCUAAUUUUUAUCACAGAGGUUGCAAUAUAAAAUGGUGCUCGAGGCCACCAUGCUCUGCAUCGACAACAGCGACCAUGUUCGCAACUCGGACUACCUUCCUUCAAGGCUGCAGGCUGAGGGGGAUGCCGUCAACCUUCUGGCUGGGGCUAAAACACAGUCAAAUCCUGAAAAUAGCGUUGGUGUCCUCAGUCUCGCAGGCAAGGUUCCUAGGGUUCUAGUUACUCCAACCGAUGAUCUCGGGCAGGUGCUCAACGCUGUCCAUGGCAUAUCCACUGGCGGCUCAAUCAAACUCUCAACAGGAGUCCAGGUUGCGCAUCUGGCGCUAAAACAUCGUCAAAACAAACACCAACGCAUGCGAAUCGUGCUUUUUGUAGGAAGUCCUGUGUGUGCUAGUAAAGAUGAGCUUACAUCAGUCGGGAAAAAGUUACGAAAGUGUAAUGUUGCAGUUGAUGUGAUCAGCUUCGGGGACAUAGAGCAGAACUCAGAGAAGUUGGAAGCUUUCGUCGCCGCUGUCAACAAAAAUGAUAAUAGUAACAUCGUCACCGUUCCACCAGGCGCCAUCAUCGCUGACGUGCUUUUAAGCACACGGGUCUUCAUGGCCGAUGAUAACAUCACAAAUGGUGCCAGCAGCUUUGCUGCUGCUGCCGCUGCAGCUUCAAGCCAGGCUGCAGUUAGAGGGUAUGCGAGGGAUGGUGCAAUUGCAGACGGUGCUGAUGAUCCUGCUCUCAUGUUAGCAUUGCGUGUAUCGUUAGAGGAGGAGCGUGCGAGACAGGAAGCUCAAAUGAAAGACACGGACGAUGCAAGUAGUGAGGAGAAGAACGCUGCAGCACACCUCAUCUGCGCACAAGAUACAAUAGCUAAAGGAUCGGGCAAACCUCCUUCCCCAAUCGUCGAUCCUUUGUCGUUGGACGAAGAAGCGCUUCUGCAGCGUGCCUUCGCCUUAUCCAUGGCAGAGGAACACGCCAUCACUACAGGUAAGACUGGAAACGACAAUCAAGAUACAAUGACAGGCUCCGAUGCUGGUUUGCAGAUGGAGAGUCAAGAGAAUACAAUAAGCUUGGCCGCUCAUGCUGCUGACUUUCAGGAUAAUGAACCAUGCAUUGACCCGAUCCUUUCCUCUCUACCUGCUGGUGAAGGCGAUGAAGAAAAAGACUCGCCACGGGAAUCUCGUCGAUCGCAGCAGGAAUCUAAGCAUUCAAAAACCUCUUAAACCAGCAAAGAAGACAAGACACUGCUGAAAACCGCUUGCCACACACUCUUUCCUCCAAGGUUUCGCCACAAUCUAAAGUGCAACCCGGGCAAAUAAGGAAAACUUGUGGUGCAUUUGACCAAUCCGGAUUCAUGAGGACGCCGGUUUUAUCCCGAUUCUGUUAUCAAAGUGUCUCAGCUUUUAAUCUUCACGAUACCUGAGUGCUCAUCGAUAGUUUUUGCGUAUGCGGGCGGAAGAAUGUGAAAAGCCCCUAGUGCGCUUAUAGCUGAUACUAUUGCUAGUGUCAUCGAAGACAUCAUGAGCGCGCGUUGGGUAACCCUGUUAUCAUAUCCCUGUGACAACAAGAAUUUCAGUGCUCAACCGGGCAGACAUGUCUUUGCAGAAAGGAAUUGAGUGGAAGACCUCGAUUUCUGCUUCAAUAUCGGUCCUUCGAGUGUCGCCACGUGGCGAAGAUAACAGCAAAAUGGCGAUCAUGACAAAGAUGAUGCUGACGAUAGCCGUCACGCGACUGUCACGGAGCGAUAUCAAGUAUUUUCGGGGAAACACAUACAACGUGCACGACGAUACCGACCUUGAAUGGCGACCACCUUGACCAAGGUAACAAAGAGCGAAUGCGCCGAUCCUGGUUCCAAAGAAGAAAGAAAAUUUCGAGAACUGUGCUCAAGUUCACAAUAAACAUCAACUCACAGCAAAAGUGCGAGGGCGAGAACCCCACUGCCGACGCCCAUGAUAAGGGACAUUUUCGAAACUUAAGAGUUGGACUCUUUCGGAAAGAGUUCUGGGGAUCGUCGAACCGUUCAACGGAGAACGAGUGUACGAGCGAAAAAUAUAAGCCGAGAUAAGCGGAGUUCGGCCGUACGUAUGGAAGACUAGUGUAAGAUUUUGACAUUAUAAUCAUGCAUG